AAGUGCGGCUGGCUUGAACAAAACGCGGCUCAGUUCACCGCAGUGACCUAAGCCAACUUUUCCUCUCUACUUGGCCCCACGAUGUACGGUGAUCUAUUGAAAGGUGGCAGAAAUUUUCGGACACGCCAAGAAUCCGUUCAAUCUCGCUUCUGCUUCGAGUCGUUACGGUCCACGUUGAAACUUCGAGGCCUGCUUAGGUUAGCCGAGCCUAGUUAACCCGCUAACAAAGAGAACAACAACGCACCUGGAAUCGAAACGUUGCCGAGCAAGCAAACAUCAAAUCCCAAAAUGUCAGAUAUCAGUCAAGUGCAUCGUCCUGAACGCCAGGAGUCUGCUAGCAUGGAAGGAGAGGAGGCGGAAGAGGACAUCAAGAAGGUGGAGGAAGAAUUCGUCCACAUUAAAGAGGAGCAGGAGGAGUAUUUCAUUCGAGUUGAGAACCCCCGCAUUGAGGAGCAGCAGCAACCUCAUCCCCUCGAGGAAGAAGACCCUCCAUAUGUUAAAAUGGAGGUGGUGGAAAUCCCCAAGUGGAUUGGUGAGCCCAUGAAGGGUCAAGAUGGAGGUCCGAGUGAGGCCAGCCUAGGGGCGGAACCUAUUAGUGGCAGCAGUUCAAAAGAAGGAUUCCAAGCAGACAACCUCAUCGCUCGACCAUCAGAGAGUGACGACUUCACAUCACGCUCGCUGUUCUGUUUCCGAAAAUAUCUUGGUGCUGAGCGGCAGGAGCCUGAAUCUCCUGGUGUUAAACAGGAUGUUGAGCUCCCCCAAAUCAAAGAGGAGGAGGAGCCAGAGUCUUGGAAACAGAAGGAGAAAGAAGAGCAACUUCCUAUCAAAAAGGAGGAGGAGCUGCCAUAUAUUAAAGAGGAAGUAAGUAUCACCAGGUCAACUGGUGAGCCCUUGAAGAGAGAAGAUGGUUCGAGUGAGGCCAGCAGAGGGGCGGAGCCUCCAAGCGGCAGCAGCUCAACAGAAGGAUUGCAAGCAGACAUUUACAUUGCUCCAUCAGGCAGAAAUGGCACCACGUCACACUCAACUUACCAUGAUGAUGGUCAUAAAAAAUCUCACGGUGACGACAAACUCUGCAAAUGCUCUGAGUGUGGGAAAAAGUUAGCUAAUAAGUGUACUUGUCUUGGGAAUAUAAGGAGCCACACUAGUGAAAAACCUUUUUCCUGCUCAGUUUGUGGUCAAAGAUUCAGUCACAAGAGCACCUUAAAAAGACACACACGAACCCACACUGGUGAAAAACCUUUUUCCUGCUCAGUUUGUGGUCAAAGAUUCAGUCACAAGAGCACCUUAAAUUCACACACAUGAACCCACACUGGCGAAAAACCUUUUGUCUGCUUAGUUUGUGGUCAAGGGUUCGCACAAAGGCAAUACUUGAAAAAACACGCAAGAACUCACACUGGAGAAAAAGCUUUUUCCUGCUCAGUUUGUGGAAAGAGAUUUGUUCAGACAGGAGACUUGAAAAGACACACAAGAACCCACACUGGCGAAAAACCUUUUUCCUGCUCAGUUUGUGGUCAAAGAUUCAGUCACCAGAGCACCUUAAAAAGACACACACGAACCCACACUGGUGAAAAACCUUUUUCCUGCUCAGUUUGUGGUCAAAGAUUCUGUCACAAGAGCACCUUAAAUAGACACACACGAACCCACACUGGCGAAAAACCUUUUUCCUGCUCAGUUUGUGGUCAAGGAUUCUCUCAAAAGCAUGACUUACAAAGACACGUAGGAACUCACACUGGUGAAAAACCUUAUUCUUGCUCAGUUUGUGGUCAAAGAUUCAGUCGCAAGAGCACCUUAAAAACACACACACAAAUCCACACUGGUGAAAAACCUUUUGUCUGCUUAGUUUGUGGUCAAGGAUUCGCUCAAAGGCAAUACUUGAAAAAACACGCAAGAACUCACACUGGCGAAAAACCUUUUUCCUGCUCAGUUUGUGGAAAGAGAUUUGUUCAGACAGGAGACUUAAAAAAACACACAAGAACCCACACUGGCGAAAAAAGUUUUUCCUGCUCAGUUUGUGGUCAAAGUUUCAGUCUAAAGAAACACUUAAAAACACACGCAAGAACCCACACUAGUGAAAAACUGUUUUCCUGCUCAAUUUGUGGUCAAAGAUUCAAUGAAAAGCAAAACUUACAAAGACACGUAGGAACUCACGGUGGUGAAAAACCUUUUUCCUGCUCAGUUUGUGAUCAAAGAUUCAGUCACAGGAGCACCUUAAAAAGACACGCACGAACCCACACUGGCGAAAAACCUUUUUCCUGCUCAGUUUGUGGUCAAGGAUUCUCUCAAAAGCAAGACUUACAAAGUCAUGAAAGAACACACACUGGUGAAAAACCUUUUUCCUGCUCAGUUUGUGGUCAAAGAUUCAGUCGCAAGAGCACCUUAAAAACACACACACGAACUCACACUGGCAAAAAACCUUUUUCCUGCUUGGUUUGUGGGAAAGGAUUCUCUCAAAAGCUACAGUUAAUAUUACACACAAGAACCCACACUGGCAAAAAUCCUAUU